AUGAACCUGAGCAGGAAUGCGCUGGAAGGGGAGAUACCCGAUGCUGUUGGGCCCGAGAGCUAUUUCAUGGCGCUGGACCUUUCCUACAACAACUUGAAGGGGAAGCUUCCCUGUCGCUGUCGGCAGCGGCGUACGUGGGGCACUUGGACGUCAGCCAUAACCACCUGUGCGGGUCGAUUCCCGUCGGGGAGCCAUUUGAAAAGUUCGACCCGUCGUCGUUCGGGUUCAAUGAUCGCCUUUGCGGGAACCCACUCAGCACUUGUUAAUUGA